AUGAUCCGUAUGGAAGCAGAAAUGGACAAGUGGGAGGCGAGGAUGAAUGAACAACUCGGAAAGCUGACGAGCCUACGGGAUAACAUUGAUCACGUGAUGAGGACCGAGGAUUCCCGUCUGGAACUUAUACAGGAGGUGUUUGUGGGAUGUCAUAACAACCUGACUGCACUGCAAUCGCGAGCUGAUGACCAAGUACAGCAGCUUAUAGAGAAGAUUAACAAUGAUACCCACAAAACAACGAAUAUUUUGCUCAAAGCGAGACGAGUCAAGAACAAAACACCUGCUAACGCAGACGUCAUCGUGUUCGAGGACGUUUUGUACAACCACGGUUCUGGGUACGACAGUUUCAGUGGCGUCUUCACUGCUCCUGUUGGAGGAACUUACUUGUUUACAGCUCGGCUGUUGUCCGAGAGCGGCGGAUCAGUUUUCUUUGAGAUUAACGUUAAUGGAAACAUGAAUUUCAACGGGGCGCUUUAUGAUCACAGUGGUUAUAGCUACGCCUCUGCUGACUCCGUGGUCGGUUUGCUGCCUGGGGAACGAGUGUGUGUUAAAUCGCUGUAUUCGAACAAUAAAGAAGAUGGUUCUGGGUUGCUCAGUCGGAGUCUAAAGUAA